AUGGCAAAGCUAUUAGAAUCUAUCAUUGCCACACGUAUCUCAGAGGCAGUGGAGGUUCACCAGUUGCUACCAGGAACUUAUCUCGGAGGAAGGAAAGGAAUCUCCAUUGAUCACAUUAUCCAAUUAAUCAUUAAUCGGGUACGGCGAGCCUGGGGCCGCGGCCGGCAGGCCUCUAUGGUACUGCUCGAUGUAGCAGGAGCCUACGACAACGUCUCCCAUCAACAAAUACUAUCGAAUAUAUACCGGCUGGGCCUCGGCUUCUUCGUGCCCUGGGCUGAAGCCUUCUUAACGAAUCAAUGUACCCGCAUCAAGCUCCCUGGCUUCCUCAGCGAGCCGUUUCCAACACCAACAGGUAUCCCGUAA